AUGGUGUCACUUAGGCUGCAGAAGCGUCUAGCUGCUAGUAUACUCGAUUGCGGUAAAGGAAAAUUGUGGCUUGAUCCUAAUGAGACCAGUGACAUCUCCAUGGCCAAUUCCAGGAUGAACGUAAGGAAGCUCAUAAAGGAUGGAUUUAUUAUCCAAAAACCAAUGAUAACCCAUUCAAGAUCAAGGACAAGGAAAGUGAAAGAAGCCAAGAUUAAAGGGAGGCACUCGGGUUAUGGAAAGAGGAAGGGGACAAGAGAGGCAAGGCUACCAUCAAAGUUGCUGUGGAUGAGGAAAAUGAGAGUGUUGAGACGUUUGCUUCGAAAGUAUAGAGAAUUUGAAAAGAUUGAUAAACACAUGUACAAUGAGAUGUACAUGAAGGUGAAAGGAAAUGUCUUCAAGAACAAACGUGUUCUUAUGGAAAGCAUCCACAAGUUGAAGGCUGAGAAAGGAAGGGAGAAGUCACUUUUGGAUCAAUUUAGGGCCAAGAAAGCUAGAAAAGAUGGUACCAACAAGGAGAAGAAGACAUAA